CGGCUGAGGAGGAGCGGAGGACAGGGACAUCGUUGCUGAUGCUGAUGAUGCGAGUGCGUUUGGCCUCGGUGUAACCUCGGUGUAUUUAAAUGGACUUUUGAACAUUUUUGUAUCGCUGUUUGAGUAUUUAAGUGCCAGAAUAUGUUGUUGUUAAUGCUGUAGUAUGUCUGAGACUAUUUGGCAUCUGGACUCGACGAUUUUUUUGGACCAGCAAACGUUGUUAUUCCUCUCUUCCUGACUGACACAGGUGGAAGGUUCUUGCUUGGAAUAUCUUCUAUGAUUCGGGAAGAAAAAUCUUGGCUGGCAAAUUCAAGAAUAAAAUCGUAUCUUAUAACGUCAACCUCAAAACAUCAUUAAGGACAGGGGGAUCAUUUUGAAGACGAGAAUUCGGCAGACCAGUCAGUCUCUUUUGAGCUAACUAGCUAACUGAUUGGACUAAAAGAGGCAGAUACAGACGAGUCGGCCAGUUAGCUCGUUAGCCAACAAGCGAGCUAGCUUAGCCAUCUACUUUAGCGACUGCGCCGCGGCUCCAAACAGGAUGCUCUGAAUUUAAAAACAUCUGUACAAGUCGGUAUUUUUACUUGAAUGGCUGCAUAAACCGUAGAGAAAUUGAAUUUUGUUGGCGAUAAGGAAAGGUUGAAUGUGCACUUGAUAGCAUCAGUACUGUAAUUAGCCAACUGGAGUGUUCAUAUUUUGCCGGAUUUGCCAGGUCCAAGUAGCUAGCUCGUUUGACUUAAUUGACAUUUUUCUUAAUCUGUUUUAGCGAUAUGAUAUGGCAAUACACGGCGAUUACUGAGCUAGAGCUACCUUGACCUGUAGUUGUCUAGCAAGGUGAUGCACUCGUACAACAAUAUGCCUUUUAAGCUGAGACAUAGACACAACCUGUGACAAGCUGUUGCCCCAGAAACAUUGAUUACAAUGCAAAUUUUUCUUUAGUCUUUGUAAACUAUCAGCAAAGUAUGAUCAUGCAGUCAAAUGAAUUAAGAUGACGCUCAUAGGUUUUGCAUGUCACGCCUAGCACAUAUAGUUGAAACAUACUUAGGAUCGAUUCUGUAAGUUGGAGAUAGGUGUCUAUGGGUUCACUACACUGACAACUACCCAUGGAUCCUUGUUGGUGACGUCCAGCGCCAUGUGUGGCAUUAUGACGAUAAUUCGUGUGAGGAAAAAUUGGACAUUGACUGUCAAAUAAUACAGACAGCUUUCUUUUCCUCUCUUGCUCAGGAAGAAUUUGCUUAAAUGGAACAGACUUUUAUGUCAAGCCCUUUGGGUCAUUCGGAGUGGGAGUCCGAACAUAAACUUUCCCAUGGAUUUCUCCUUAGUUCAGAGAAAGGACCUGUCUUGCCUCAGAAACAAAAUAGCCAGACAGGUUUGGAUUUUCAAAGGGAUGACCAGAAUAUCUCUUUAAGCCUUGAGGAAAUUUUCCACGAAAAUGCCUUAAAUCUUGACAGCCUUUUUAGGGGCUCCAGUUAUACAGGAGAGCCAAUUUUGCAAAGGGAGGCAGAACAAUCAAAUAAUUUCGAAGGUGAUCAUAAUAUUACUACUCAAGGGAUAUUGGCUCUUCCAGACAAAACCGAAGGACAAGGGGAUAGCAGUGAUGGUUGUUUCUCAGAUCCCUUUUCACUUUCCAACACCACUGACUGGCUUGGGGACAACUUUGCUGGUGAGGAGGCACCUAGGAAUGACCCUGAAUCUGCCAGCAGUCUUGACCAGCUGAUAACCAUCCGUGACCCUCCCUCCCUCCAAAAGGUUUCUGAUAGAACUCUAGAUACCAACACAGAGUCUCUGUUGGUUGAUCUACUCUCUGAACCCUGCCCGAGCCCUCCUUCUGUACAGGCGGACCCACAGGGUGUCAGUGGGGAGCUGUUACUCCCGUCACUGGACGAGCACAGAGGCCUCCCUCUCUCGCUGGGCGGAGAGAUUGUGUCGCCCGUGUCACCUGAAACUGGGAACAAAGGUUUAUUCCAAGAACCCGUGACUGACCCAGCCACAGUCGGUAACACUAGCCCUGAAGGUUUACCUGAGAGUUGCCUCUCACACGACGCUGACCCAGCGGAUGGCCACAGGGAACUGCGGGAGGCCCUGGAAGGAUCCUCACCGUUGUUGGAUUCGGAGGUGCCUGAAGGGGACCACAGCCUCAGCCUGUGUCCUGUCAGUUUAACUUCUCUCACCAGUACAGGUGCCCCUUCAGAUUCACAUGCAGAGGACCCAGAGCAGGAGCUCACAUUGGCUUCUCUUUCGACCGUGUCCUCGGGGCACCUAGGUAAAGGGGAUUCGUCAUCGCCACAAAGCAGUGUCUUAUUGACUAAAAGUGCUCCUCGAGGGUCUCUCUCUGAUGGAGACGCUUUGGGUUUGGCUGACUUGCCCAGGGACAGCAGCAGCCCUGAGCAUGCCUGCCAGGAUUUGAUGGACAAUUUUCUCUGCAAUGUCAAACAUGAGGAAGAUAAGGAAAUGGCUUUGGAUCACAGCUUGAACGCAGAUGAGCUGCAAGAUAAGGAAAUGGUAGACCUGAAAACACUCAAGGGUGUACAGGAGGGGAACGUUUUAUCUUCCCAAACGGGACAGGACGAUGGGGACAGGUCGACAGGUUCGGACCAGGUCAGACACCAGGAUUGUCACAAAACAGAUGCCUUUGGUUUUCCAGACCAGGAGUUGACAGAUUUUUCUCCUGAGGCCGGAUGGACUAGUGAACAGACAUUGGAGACCCUCUCUCUCUCUGAGAUGGUAGUGUCUGACUCCAUGGCUGGGGUUCCCAUGAUGAACCAGAGGGAGGAAGACCAUUCCCCUCUAAAAGCUGUGUUCGACGCCCUGGAUCAGGAUGGAGAUGGAUUUGUCAGAAUUGAGGAGUUUCUGGAAUUUGCUGCAGCUUAUGGGGCAGAUCAGGUGAAGGAUCUGACCAAGUUUCUGGACCCCAGCGGAUUGGGGGUGAUCAGCUUCGAGGACUUCCAUCGUGGAGUCUCUGCCAUCAGCAGUGGAGGUCCAGAGCCACACCUGUACGAUGUGCACUUCAGUCCCGGGGACUCUGCGGGAGGACGUCAGGAGGAGUACGACGAGCAGAACGAGGUGACGGACAGCGCCUACCUGGGCUCGGAGAGCACCUACAGCGAGUGCGAGACGUUCACGGACGAGGACACGGGCGCCCUGGUCGCCCCGGAGAUGCACGAGGACGUGGAGACGGACAGCGGGAUCGAGGCGGCGCUGCACGACCAUGAGGAUGGCAGCAACAGGUUCUCCUUGAACUCUGAGCUCCAUGACCACUCCCUGGUGACGGUGAUUGGUGGAGAAGAAGAGCACUUUGAGGAUUUUGGGGAGAGCAACACCUCGGAGCUGCUGGAGACCAAUGAGGGGAGCGAGGGUGAGCCCUCUCACCUCCAGACCCCCGACCAGGUGGACUGCUCCUCCCUGCUCCUCUCUCCCAGCACGGGGAAGAGGCUGUCCAGCAAGAAAGUAGCGAGACACCUGCUCCACAACAGCUCCAUGACGCUGGACAGCAUGGGAGAGCUGUCCAGAGACAUACUGGAUCUGGCUGACAGUGACAUCACAGACAAGGUGCUGCUCCUGGAGCGUCGCGUGGCGGAGCUGGAGCAGGACUCGGAGGCCAGCGGGGAGCAGCACACUCGGCUGCGGCAGGAGAACCUGCAGCUGGUGCACCGGGCCAACGCCCUGGAGGAGCAGCUGAAGGAGCUGGAGCUCCGCGCCGAGGAGCAGCUGCACCAGGAGGCCCGCCGGCACAAGGACGCGCUGGGCAAGCUGGAGAGGGAGAGGGGCCUGGAGCUGGAGAACCUGCAGACCAGACUGCAACAGCUGGACGAGGAGAACAGUGAGCUGAGGUCCUGUGUUCCAUGCCUACGGGCCAACAUCGAGAGGCUGGAGGAGGAGAAGGGGAAGCUGCAGGACGAGGUGGAGGACGUGACGGAGAGGCUGAACGAGGAGCUGGAUUCCCGCAGGAAGAUGGCCGACAGGCUGAGCCACGAACGCCACCAGAACCAAAAGGAGAAGGAGUGCACCCAGGAGCUGAUCGAGGACCUGCGUAAGCAGCUGGAGCACCUGCAGCUGUACAAGCUGGAGGCGGAGGCCAGGAGGGGGCGCUCGCCCAGCGCCGGCCUGCAGGAGUACCAGAGCAGGACCCGCGAGGCAGAGCUGGAGCAGGAGGUCCGACGGCUCAAACAGGACAACCGAAGCCUGAAAGACCAGAACGACGAGCUGAACGGUCAGAUCAUCAACCUGAGCAUCCAGGGAGCCAAGAGCCUGGUGACGGCUUCCUUCUCCGAGUCCCUGGCCGCUGAGAUCAACUCUGUGUCCCGCGGAGAGUUGAUGGAGGCCAUCCACAAACAGGAGGAGAUUAACUACAGGCUGCAGGACUACAUCGAUCGCAUCAUCGUGGCCAUCAUGGAGUCCAACCCUUCAAUCUUGGAGGUCAAAUAGAGGCUGUCUUGAACAGCAGCUGUGGGCCUGAAUCACGGGCUCUAUGGACUGCAGCUCUGGCAGAGACCAAGAAAGACUAGCUACUGAAACUCUGAAGGAUAUAUAUCAGAUUAUUUGACUAGGUGGAAAAUAAGCACUCAUCCAAUUCCAAUUACCCUUGAAGAUUUAAAGAAGAUUAAAAAAGAAGAUUUAUCAGCAUUUUGAUCACUGUUGGCAUCCAUCUUAAAUAAGCUAUGUUUUGUUUGAUGUCCGUCGGAUGCUAGUGCUCAUCUGUGUGUGUGUGUGUUGACUGGCCAGCACAGGUUUUUGGUUCUGAUGACUUCCAUGUAGUUGGGUAGAGGAACCAGAUUGAGGUAAUGUGUGUGUGUGUGAGUUUUCAGAGUUAGUCUCUUUACCCCUUACAAAAUCUCUUAAUCCGGCCUGGUUCAGAUAUGAAAUGUAUCCAACCAAAUCUGUCCAAAGCUCAAAUUACCUUAAGUAUUUCCAGUCCUUAGACUCACAGCAGCUGAUUGUUACCUUACAGUCAGCUGUGUUCUCUAACCAACCUCGUGGUGGUUGAGGCCGUGUUCCCCAGUACCAGACUGAAUCGUGUUUGAACCGCCUUGAGCGUUUAAACCGCAUGAAGCACUGGCUGGGAGGUGAUCGGAGCCUGGCUUGCCUCUAGUUAAUGGUGUCCUGUUUGCAGUGUGUCUCACCUAUAUAACCUGGAGUCUCCUCCCUGUGUGUCCUGCGGGAGAGGAGAGGAGGGGAAGGGAGGGAGGGAGGGAGGGGGGAGGAGGAGAGGAGAGGAGGGGAGGUGAGAGGAGAGGAGAGGAGGGGAAGGGAGGGGGGAGGAGAGGAGGGGAGGAGAUGCCCUGAGGGGUCAUGUAUGCAAGGUGGUUGUUUUUUUGUGUUUUUUUGUUUUUAUCAUUUGUGCUUUGAGUUUAGAUUGUUUGGUGAGUACAGAAGGAGUUAAACAUGCUUGUUUCAUUCUUGUGAGCCUUACUGGUCUCUGAUGAAACUGGGUUUGUUUAUUAUUUGCUGCAUCUCCAUUUAGUUUUUGCAAUGAAACAGAGUUGCUAUGGUUCAGGUGGGCUGAAGACUUCAAUUCCCAUCACUCCCUCCAGAUGUACUUCAAAACUGACAUGGAGAGGGGGAAGUGUUUGGGUAUUGUAAUUCUACCUGGUAUUAACACUGACAUACUGUACAAUAGAUGUAAAUCAUUCUAACAACAGUGCUUUAUAGACACUACAGACAUAGAUUGGAGGUGUCUCGCCAGUACUGUAGUAUUCUCUUGCUGAGUGAAAGUAAGAAGGAGCCAGCUAAUCCUAGGUUGUACGUUACCAUUCAUUUUCAUUGGAUAAGUGACUGACGUUCAAUGAAAAAGAAAUGUUUUGACAUGCUGUAUGAAGUAAGUAAUGAAAUGGGUUGUACUUUGCACUCAACCUUUUUUUAAAUUUUAUUAUUAAGACGAGAAGUUUCUCACAUGUUUGUCAAAAGAAACUGCUAGUUGUCAAGGGAUGAAAUACAAAACUGAAGUAAAAUAUUUAGGAUAAGGCCCAAAUCAAGAAUUCUGGAUAAAAAAACAAUGACUUGUGUCUAAGGGGAAUGUCAGAGGUUAGCUUUCUUCCUUUUCACUUAACAGCUUUUUUUGGUCUGAAUGAGCAUAGCAAAAACACUUUAGAUUUAGCAAUAACACGGAACAGUGGACUUUGAUGAAGGACUGGCAUAAUAACUGACAUACUCAUUGAACAUCUCUCUAAACCAGAGACCAGUACAUCUCUCCACUAGUGCACACUGGGACAAACUGGACAUGUACGGAUGGAUUUGACCUUUAACCUCCUCAGUGGCUGUAAAGUUCAGAAAGACGAACUUGCACUUUGUUCCCGAACAGCAUGGCAUCCUGCAUCAAACACAGCUGUGCUACAAGGAUGGGAACCUCCACCUUCUACACCCUACAGACUCGCUGCAUCACUGCUCUUCUCACUUCGGCACUCCAUGGGUAACGGCCUUGGAUGUAAAUGAAUUGUAAAGUUUUUUUCUAUCCUUGUAGAUUCUAGAUAUUUUUAUAGUCUGGAAAAAAAAGAGAUGUUUUCUUUCUUUGUGUGUUCUGCUGAGGAAGGUAUCCUUUCUCCCGUGAGGGGUGGCCUGUAUAUCGCUCCAGCAUGUGGCGUGUACAUGUCAGACUCUCACGUGUUUGAAUCAACAUGCAGAUAUUUAUUCACCGUCUCACAGAAGUCACACUUGUAUAAAUAUCUAACGAUUCCAUUGGCUUCUGCCCUAAAGAUGUUUGUUAACAGUAUUUUUGUGGAGAUUUGAAAAGGGAAGUUCACAUUCCGGGAUUUAACGGGAAUUCUCUUUGAGGGAAGAUUAAUUUGAUUACAGUAUGGAAUAUAUAAUCAAGGUCAUGAUUUUCUUUAUUCAAAUUGGAUUAAUUAAUUGAAUUCACGAGCAUUGACAUGCCUCCGCAUUAAGUCUGAUCGAUUCAAAAUGUCUGCCUUUUCUGUUAAGAUCAUAACAUUUCUGCCUUACUCUGAUAGUGUGGGUGUUGUGGUGAUCGCUACAAGGGCCUGGUUAUUUCCUCCCUCACAGACCAAAACAACUAAUACUAUUAGAUCCUUGAAUAUCACAGUUUUGAUCAAUGAGUAAAUACUUAUCCAAAUGGAGAGCAGUGUAGCUGUUCUGUUAGUGAGGCCACGUAUAUAGGACACGUCUGGUAUGUUCCAUCUGGCCCAGCAGAUACAGGACCUCAGCCAAUUGUUUUCCCAUCAGCCAUUGGUGCGUUAGGAGCAGGAAACCAUUGAAACAUAUCUAUACUGUACUUUCAUCUGGCCACUGCAACAGAUACUUACUGUUUCCCCCCCAGUUUGUCUUUGUCAGACAGCGAGUGUGAAACCUGAUUACUGGCUGUCAGGUUCGACCAAAAUCCAGUCCAGACAUUCCCUAGCAGGGUUCAAUGGUAUUCUCGAAAUGCACUUUAACAAGUUCCAAUUUCAUUUUGACCCCUUGCUUUCAAAAUGACCAAAGACUUGAUGUUUUGACUUUGAACAGACCAUUUACCUACAUUGCUCUCAGUCUCUCCUGUUUCGCUUAAAUUUUAUAUCUUCAUCACAGAAACGUAUUCCUACCUUCGCAGUUGACUGAGUUGGACUCUGCCCUGAAAAUACUGGCCUGCUAGUCUUAUCACUGUGCCUCUGUCUCAUACACUCCUACUGACCCGAGGAGUCCUGGGAAAGCGCUGACUGACGGGAGCUGUCGGUCUGUUAAAUUAUGAUUAUAAUAACUGAAAUGUGUAAAUAUAAAUGGUCUUUUUUUUGUGAACUUUUGCUCUCAAACUAGCUUCCGAUGUCCAAAGAGAGUUUGCUUAAGGCACACACAUCACUACUGAAGUAGUGCAUGGCUUGCCGUUUAAAUGACACAAUGGGAAGAAAAAAAGACAACAUUAUAAAAACUAAAAUUGUAAACUGAAGGAUAAUGUAUAAAUUAUAAUAACAGUAUUGUUUACUGCUGUACAUUUUUUUUUUUGAAGAUCCCCUGAAAGAUGUAAUCCUAAUCGUUAUUGGGGAAUUAUAAUUUCAAGUCAUUGUAAAAAAGGUAAAAGAAAACAGUGAAGUAAGAUUAGAAAAAUAAAACUGAAAUAAAAUGA